GACGCGGCGGGGAGAGCGGCGGAGGCUGGGACUGCUCGGAGAGGGGGCCGGAGGGCGCCCGAAAGUCCAUGUGCCAGGCGGGGGUAGCGCCCCCAGCUCGCCUCGCAGCACGCGCCGUCCGCAGGCCGCGAGGGUCCCGGCAGGCCCGGCGCCGGGGCGCGCGCUCCCCAUGGAGGCGCCCGAGCUGGGCCCGGGGCUGGUGGAGCGUCUGGAGCGGCUGGCGACGUGCCCGCUGUGCGGGGGCCCCUUCGAGGACCCGGUGCUGCUGGCGUGCGAGCACAGCUUCUGCCGCGCGUGCCUGGCCCGCCGCUGGGGCGCCCCCCCCGCCGCCGGGGCCCCGGCGCCCGCGCCCGCCUGCCCCUGCUGCGGCCGGCCGUGCCCCCGCCGCAGCCUGAGGUCCAACGUGCGGCUGGCGGUGGAGGUGCGCAUCAGCCGCGGGCUGCGGGAGAAGCUGGCGGAGGCCGGCGCCGGCGCGGGGAAGCGCAGGGGGGGCCGCAUCCCCACCAUGGGCUGCCUGGACCCCCGCGGAGAGGAUACAAGGAAGACAUGGAGGAGACUUGAUGCCCCGACACCCAAGUCAUCUAACUCAGACGACGAUGUCCCCGAAGAUUAUCCAGUGGUCAAAAACAUGCUGCACAGACUGACAGCCGACCUGACCCUGGACCCAGGCACUGCACACCGCCACCUGCUCGUCUCGGAGGACCGCCGCGGCGUCCGGCUGGCCCCGCCAGGGACCCCCGCGCCCCCCGACGGCCCCGCGCGCUUCGACCAGCUCCCGGCGGUGCUGGGCGCGCAGGGCUUCGGGGCCGGCCGGCACUGCUGGGAGGUGGAGACCGCGGACGCCGGCGCCGGGGACGCCGAGGCCGAGGACGGCGGCGAGGCGCGCUUCGCCCUGGGCGCGGCCGGCGAGUCCGUGCGGCGCAAGGGCCGCGUGGGGCUGUGCCCAGCGGGGGCCGUGUGGGCCGUGGGGGCCCGCGGCGGCCGCCUGUGGGCGCUCACGGCGCCCGAGCCCACGCCCCUGGGCGGCGCGGGGCCCCCGCCGCGGCGCAUCCGCGUGGACGUGGACUGGGAGCGCGGCCGCGUGGCCUUCUACGACGGGCGCUCGCUCGACCUGCUCUUCGCCUUCCAGGCGCCCGGGCCGCUGGGGCAACGCGUCUUCCCGCUGCUCUGCACCCGUGACGCCCGCGCCCCGCUGCGCCUCGUGCCAGCCGAGGGCUGAACCUCCCCCUGCAGCCCCCCACCGGUGCGGGGGCCGCGUCCAGCCACACGGUCUCUUUUCUCCCAACCAGGAAGACGUCGGCUGGCCUCGGGCUUCCGGCUCCUCCCUGUGGGACGCUUCUCCCCCACCGCUUCCCCAGUACUUGCCACCUGCCUCUCCCUGCUGCCUGCUGCUCCAGACCUGAGCUGGGGAACAGGCCCUGCCCCUCGAUGCUGGCGAUCGGCGGGGGGGGGGGGGGGGGGGGGUGUCCACUACACAGAGGCUCCGCUAGUCUAGCCUUCCCUUCCCACUCCUGCCUCUGCUGGUCUCAGAGGGCCCAUGGCCGCCUCCUCAGGCCAUGGCUCCAGCUUCCCAGCCCUAUCCAAUCUGGGGUUUCUUCACCGCGCUCUGGCCUGGCUCUAAGGGCCCUCCAUGGGGCUCAAUACCGUUUUGGGAAGGCGGCAGGCCAAGUCUAUUCCAUGGUGACUGCUUUCUCUGCUCACAGCCUUUUCCCAUUAGUAACCUUCUUGACUCUCCCCUACACACACACAGACACACACACACACGGUGCUACCUCCCUCUCUUUAGCCUGGGGAUGGCCCAGCCACCCCAAACUCAUCCCUGUACAUAGCUUCACAUCUUUCCCCAUGUGUAUAAAUGGGCCCGUAUUUAACACGUUUUGUGACGUUGGGUUAUUUAUUUUAUGCUACUGUGGCAAUAAAUGAGAUUUCAGUGGUGGUA